UAGGCACUCCCUACUCCAGUCCAGCCUGCACACUCCGCCGCCGCUAUGGUCUCCGUGCCCACUGCCUGGUGCUCCAUCGCUCUGGCCCUGCUCGUGGCCCUGCACGAAGGGAAGGGCCAGGCUGCUGCCACCCUGGAGCAGCCGGCGCCCUCACCCCAUGCCCGAGGCGCCCACCUGCGGCUUCGCCGUUGCUCCUGCAGCUCCUGGCUCGACAAGGAGUGCGUCUAUUUCUGCCACCUGGACAUCAUCUGGGUGAACACUCCCGGACAGACAGCUCCUUACGGCCUGGGAAACCCGCCAAGACGCCGGCGCCGCUCCCUGCCAAGGCGCUGUGAGUGCUCCAGCAUCAGGGACCCCGCCUGUGCCACCUUCUGCCAUCAAAGGCCCUGGGCUGAAGCCGGGGCAGUCCCCAGCGGCAAGUUCCCUGCAGACGUGUUCCAGACUGGCAAGACGUGGGCCACUGCAGGAGAGCUCCUCCAGAAGCUAAGGGACAUUUCUGAAGCCAAGAUCCACUUUGCCAAGCGACAGCGGGAGGCGACAAGGAAGCCCAGGCCCACACACUGCAGGUGGAGGAAGAGAUAGUGCUGUGAGCUGGAGGAACAUCGGGAAGGAAGCCCGUGCGGAGACAGCAGGAGAGGAGCCCCUCUGCCUGCUUCAUGGGCUGGGGUCUCGGUCCCAGCCGGCUGGACCCACUUGCGGGGCUUGGCACAAGCUCUGGCCUCCCCGCCCUGGUGAAGGGGGCCUCCCUCAAGGCAGCUCCAUGGCCUCACACUGCCCAGGAAAGCCCUCGGCCUCCAAGACUGCAGAGCGGCCUCCCUGCGCCGGCUGCUGGCGCUCAGCCCUGCUGAAAGGAACCACGUGGGAGUGCGUUAAUCUGGAGGCUGUGUCCUGGGGACAGUCCUGUCUACUGGGCUACAAACCAGGAGCGACCACGCAGCAAUGGACACUCAUGCCUAAGCCAGCCCUGGAGGCUGGCUGGGUCCCCCAGGAGCCAGUGUCCUGGCUGGCCCUGUCUGUCCUCUCCAUCCCUCCCUCCCAGGGUCCUUGUGCCCUCCUACCCUUGGGACACUUCUGGUGAGAAGGACCUGCUCUGCUUUACCGGUCUGUAUAUAAUGUGUUUGCUCUAAGGACCUUGAGAAUCCCAAUUAUUUAUUUAAUGUAUUUUUUUAGA